CCCACACAGCAGACCACAGUCCACCAGCAGAUGAGCAGCACCUCUUUGCACGGCUUCACAAACCACCUACAGGGAGGAAAGAUGAAGCUGUUGGUCUGUUCCAGUGUUCUCGUCUUCCUCUUUGCUUUCACACUCUGUGAGGCCAGAGUCAUUCCAGAAGGAGUGCCGUAUGAAGAACCUCCGGCGGUUCCUUACUGGCCGUACUCCACCUCGGACUUCUGGAACUACGUGGAAUACUUCAGAUCCAUCGGGGCCUACAACCACAUCAACGAGAUGGCCCGGACCUUCUUCGCCCACCAGCACCUCGGAGACACCCUGGGGUACGAGACCAACGCCGGGCACGAGCACUGAAAUGGGGCUGGGAGGAGGAAGAGGAGGAGGAAGAGCUGAUGUGAUGUCCUGCAUGAAUAAAAAGGAAAUAAGGAAAAAAGAGUAAACAUAAUGAGGUGAAUACUUGGUUAUAGAGUGUAAUCAUGUGUAUGGAAGACACAUGUAGAGUGUGUAGCCCGUUUGUACGUUAACUUUUCACAUUUUCCAAAUAUGUAACGUCAAAAUAAAAAGA